AUGACGCAAGCAAAACAUGCUGUUUUCCGGCUUACAUUUCCAGUUCUACUUCUAGCAAGUCUGACAAUGGCGGCGACAGGGGCAGUCGUUGGCAGUUCCUCGGUCAACUUCAAGACCGGAAGCAGUGUCGAUAAACUAGAGUCCCCAAAUCGCUUUAAACGGAUGUCAGAUAUUUCCCAGCAAGGACAAGAUUAUGCUUCGGAUCAUGUGCCCAGAAUGUCUGGAUUAUCAGAAAUUACUAAUCUGGAACCUGAAUAUGAAAAGUAUUUGAACGCUGACGAUGUUCUGGACAAGUUGUCUGGUUUAUACUCCCUUUCUACGGAUGAGAUGAACUCGGAAGCCGCUGGUAACUCCAAGAGAGCUUCUCAGUUUAUGCGAAUCGGCAGAGGUCCCUCUAGUUUUGUACGAAUCGGGAAAUCCGAAAUCAAUGGCGAUGACAACAUAGAUAAGAGAGCAUCAAGUUUUGUCCGAAUCGGAAAGGCUCCUUCAAGUUUUGUCCGAAUCGGAAAGGCGCCUUCAAGUUUUGUCCGAAUCGGAAAGGCGCCUUCAAGUUUUGUCCGAAUCGGAAAAGCACCAUCAAGUUUUGUCCGGAUAGGAAAAGCGCCGUCUAGCUUUGUUAGAAUAGGUCGAGCACCCUCGAGUUUUGUCCGAAUAGGAAAAUCUGAUACUUCUUUUGAUGAAAACGAUCUGAAUACAUAUUAUGAACAAGAAUCCGACAACUUUGACAAACGAGCUUCAAGUUUUGUCCGAAUCGGAAAAGCACCUUCUAGUUUUGUCCGCAUCGGAAAAGCACCGUCAAGUUUUGUCCGAAUUGGGAAAUCUGCCCUAGCUGCAAAUCUUGAUGAUCAACUCGAGUCUGAAUCCAACGAGAAAGAGAAAAAAGCCUCUAGCUUCGUCAGAAUUGGAAAAUCAAAAUUUGAUAAUGAAAUCAACGACGCCAAACGAGCUUCUAGUUUUGUAAGAAUAGGAAAAUCUGACAUGAAAUCCGACCAAAAUUCCGAUUCGCAAAAGAGAGCAUCAAGUUUCGUCCGCAUUGGUAAAUCCUGGCCCUCAGACAGUCAGAAUUCAGAGUUACUCUCUCCACUUGACGCAUCUGUAAAAGCCUCAGAAAGUUUACUUAGCGGAAGUGUCGGGGACAAAGAACCAAUCAAAGUAGAAACCCGAGGUUCUGCAUUUGUCCGUAUUGGGAAAAUUCCUUCGUCAGCGUUUGUCCGAAUCGGAAAGAACGAUGGCUUACUUAUCGAUGAAGCUGAGGGCACCCGGAAUACCAGGGGAAGCCAUUCAUCUUUUGUUCGAAUAGGAAAAUAA